UCCCCCCAACGCUCUGCCGUUACAUUUUCUACACCCCACCCCCACCCCCACAGGCCACUACCCCGCCCCCACCCUCACCCCCACCCCUGCAGUAUUUCAACCUCCCCACGCUCUUCAGUUGCAUUUUCUACACACCCCACAGGCCACUACUCCCCCUAGCCAGUAAACUGCUGAGUGCAUUUCAUUUUUCUUCUUCCGGUAAGCCCAGAUAAGAUACUCUGAGACAAGUCGUCGUUUUCAAGAUUCUGGUGGAAGUUCUCCAGUAUAUCAGCAAAGAGAUGAAGAAGAAAGGCAGUGGACUAAAGAAAUCUGUAGUUGAGGACUUACCUCCGGGGUGGACCAAGGAAACAAGAAUCAAGAAGAAGUGUGGCAAGACUAGGAAAGAACAGUAUUAUGUUGAUCCUGAGAGUGGGCAAGUCUUUCGCUCUUUGAAGGAAGUUUUUCGCUACCUUGAAACUAAGAGUGAUCAAGGUCUCAACAACAUGCAAGCUGCAGGUUCUUCUUCAACUCUACCUUCUGAAGGUGAAGAACUAAAAGCAGUAGAAAGCAAAGCAGAUGAUAAACAGCUUGGUGUUGAUGAGAAUCUCGAGUUGGUUGGCAAGGAAGAGAAAGUUGUGAUGCCCAUCAGAACAGAAUGUUGCACCUCACCACCCCCUGCAAUCACUUGUCACCACUUCUUCGUAGCACGUGAAGAAGAUUCAGUAAUGGAGAGCAGUAACAUGGUCGGAGUAAAUUUCAAGGAUGGGAAAUCUGCUGAAUGCCAACUUGCUGCAGAUCAUAUGGACAAAGAAAAUGAAGAGGUGGAUGAAAAACUUGGAAACAAAACCAUAUCUAGUAGAAAGAACAAGUUGCGCGAGAGCAAAAGUCCCCAUUUACCCAUCAGAGUUUCCAAGCGCCUUGCUGGCAUUAAAGCCAACCCUUUGUUGGAACCGAAAACGAAUAGUCAUCAAGGACUAGCUGUUGCAAGGCAGGAGGAUCAAACAAAAGAUGGAAUUACUGAUACUUCCAUCGAGGAUACCCCCGGGAGCGUAAAGAAACAAGAAGGUGACUCUUCCUCCCUGGGAAAGCUUCUUUCCUUUGAAUCAUCAUCAUCUCCAUCAUUACAGAUGAAGGAUAUUUGGAGCGAUCCAUGCAUAGAAUUUGCCAUCAAAACUUUGACUGGUGAAAUUCCAUGCAUGGGAGAAGAAGUGAAGAGAGUGGAGGAGACAACCCCACAGUCCUCCCUUAGUUCAUCUGCUGUGAAUCGCCAGUCGUCUUCUUUUGGGGCAGAAGUGGCGGCAUUUGGUGGUGGUGGUGGAGGCAUAUGGGCAGAUCCAUGCAUUGAAUUUGCUGUGAAGAUCCUUACUGACGAAAUUCCAAUCAGUAGCGUUGAUGUUUCGGCAUUUGUGAAGCCAUCAGUAAACGCUCGGCAGCCGCAGCAGGGGCCUCCCCCUCCCUCUCCUUCUGCAUGACACCAAAACUGCUGGGUAACUAAGUUCAGCUCAAACCAACCCAUGUCGUGAAUCCCUUGGAAAACUUUCCUAGGUCUGAGUCCGUAUUUCUAACACUUCCGACAGUUUGAAGCAAAAUUUGUUCUAAGUAACCUCACCUCAACACAUUAGUCUGACUGGUUGCCCCAUUGCAAUUGACGGGUUUACUUGUGAGAAAAUUUGACUUUAUCCAUCUUCAUCCCAAAGCCACCAGACUCUUGCAUGUUCCCUAGAUUUAAUUGUUUCUGUAAGGUGGAAAUUCUCAAGCUUAUCAGCAAGGUGAUGAAGAAGAAAGGCAGUGGACAAAAGGGUGGACCAAGGAAAUGAAGAAGGGUGGCCAGACUAGGAAAGAAUGGUAUUAUGUUGAUCGUGAGAGUGGGCAAGUCUUCCGCUCUUUGAAGGAAGUUUUUCGCUGCCUUGAAACUAGUGAUCGUUGGUAUAAGACUGAACUUGUCGUGAAUGAUCAAGGUCUCAACAACAUGCAAGCUGCAGGUUUUUUUUUCAUCUUUACCUUCUGAAGGUGAAGUACUAAAAGCGGUUGAAAGCAAAGCAGAUCAUGAACAUCUUGUUGUGGAUGGGAGUCUCGAGUCGGUUGGCAAGGAAGAAAAAAUCGUAAUGCCCAUCAGUACAGAAUGUUGCAUCUCACCACCCCCUGCAAGCAUUUUCCACCACUGAGGAAAUUUUCCAUUAUAUCAUCAAGUAGGAGAAAGAAGAAAAUAGGCAGUGGACUAAAGUUGAAGGCAACCACCAGCUAGUUGACGUGGAAGCACCAAAAGUGGUGGAUUGGACCGUCCAUAUCUCACUGACUUGCAAAGUUGCAAGCUAAGCAACCCUAAUUCUCUUAACCUUGUUAUUUCCUAUGUCCAAUUGUAUUUAGAUUUGAAGUAAUUGGCUUAUGUUUUUUUUAUACAAGGCUCUUAUGAAUUAUGAUGACCGUGUAGGGUUUAGCAAAGUAUAAUUUUGCUAACUCAAGAAACUUCUUUAAGGGGUUCAUAAUAUCAUUUAGUUUGAACCAUUUAUAGUAACCGAGUUGUUUUGGGGGUAUGCAGGAGGCUAGGAGGAUGGGGAGGAGAAGGAACAUGUUGUGACUGCUAAAUACUCCCUCCCUCUUGCUAAGAUUAUCUCGUACCAAUUUGAAAAGUUUGUGUGGUUCUAAAUCAUUCUUACAUUGUUCUUAUUUUAUCACAUCAAUAUCAUCCGUUUAACUCACUUUUCUUAAUAAAUGCACCACCUUCUUAUAUUCCAAUGUUAGUGGGAUGAAUGUAGUAUAUAUUAACUGUUUCUCAGGUGAACAAACACCAACACUACAUAUUGAAAUUUCUCCAGUAAGGAUCUUCACAGCGAAUUAGAUGCAAGGAUCAAUCUUUUGCCCAUACCUUUCUACCAUGGCCACAUUACCAAGUGAUAUGAUGCCAUUUUUGCCACAGAGGAAGACGAAUGGCAGUUUCCAGUAGAUGAACUAAAGGAGGUCUUUGGGGUCAUCUCCUCCACUCUUUUCUCUUCUUCUCCUGUGCAUGGGAUUUCACGGGUCAGAGUUUUUAUGGAAAAUUCUAUGCAUGGAUCGAUCCAAAUAUCCUUCACGAGAAGAUAAUGAUAACUCGGGGGAGUGAAGCUUCCACAAAGGGAAAGAAUCACCUUCUUGUUCAUUUUCAUUCAUGAGGGCAUCCAUUGUGGAAAUAUUAGUCAUGUAAGCUUUUGUUGGAUCCUUAUGUCUUGUAGCAACUAAUCCCUUAUGGUUAUUCACAUUCAAUUCCAAUGGAGGGUCAGACUUUAAUGCCACCUUGUUGGAAGUUGUGAUAGGUAAAUGCAGGGGCGGACUCAGGAAAGUCAUUUUGGGGGGUGAAAAUAUUUUUGGGGAGGUUCAAAAUACUUUUUGGAAGAGUAAAAAUCAUUUUUCGUAUAUAUAUACACUUUAAAAAAAAAAUUGUUGGGGGGCGGUAGCCCCCUGGGUCUCUACUACGGUCCGCCUCUGGGUAAAUGAGUCAUUUUGUUCUCACGCAACUUGUUAUUUCUACUAUGAAUAUAAUGGUUUUGUAUCCAAG